GCCCGCCUGGCGGCAUCUGCGAUCGCCGCGGCUCUCCGGAGAAACGGCUUCCGCGGCGCAUCUUGCAGCAACAACCGUCAUAGAGGUAGAUUUCCAGUAGCAAUCAAAACCAGUUUCCUGGCUGUGAACUAGUGGAAACGGAUUGCCUUUAGAAGUGGUGGGUGCUCCAUCCCUGGAGGCUUUUCAGAAGAGACCGGACAGCCAUUUUGAGCGGCUGGCGGACAGAUGGACGACAGUGAGGAAACCGUCGACCUGAAGACUCCCGGAUUCCUGGAACCGUGUGUUUCCUUCCUGGAAGCAGCCCCCGACAUUUCGGGUUUCCGCAAAGUAGAAGGGAUCUGUGAGAUCCAACACGGAUCGGUGGGUCUGCCCAGCAUGAUCCCUGUGCUGGAAGAAGGCCAUCCCGUCGUCGAAGGGACGUCUUACAUCUGCUCUGAUUGUGGGAAGAGUUUCUGCAGCAUCUCCAGCCUGAUCAACCAUCAAAAGCGAAACCACUCGGGGGAAAAGCCCUACAAGUGUGCAGACUGCGGGAGGAGCUUUCAUCAGAGCUCGGAUCUUGUGAAACACGAGAGGAUCCACACAGGAGAGAAGCCCUAUAAGUGCACUGUGUGCGAGAAGCGGUUCAACCAACGCUCCUACCUGAUCGUACACGAACGCUUCCACACGGCAGAGAAGCCGUACAAGUGCUUCCUCUGCGGGAAGAGUUUCUGCUCCAACGCCCACCUCAUGACCCACCAGAGGACCCACACGGGGGAACGGCCCUAUCAGUGUCCUGAGUGCGGGAAGCGCUUCACCACCAGCUCCAACUUCGUCAACCACAAAAAGACCCACACGGAAGAAAAACCUUACAACUGCUCCCUCUGCGAGAAGAGCUUCAAGCGCAGCUCGAACCUGAUCCAGCACGAGAGGACCCACACGGGCGAGAAGCCGUAUACCUGUCUCACGUGCGGGGAGAGCUUCGCGUCCAAUUCGGGCCUCGUGAAACACCAGCGGAGCCACACGGGGGAGAGGCCUUACAAAUGCUCGUACUGCGGGAAGUGUUUCAGCCAGAGCAUGAUCCUCACCCAGCACGAGAGGACUCACACAGGCGAGAAACCCUGCAAAUGCCCGGCCUGCGGGAAAAGCUUUCGCUCCAGCUCGGAUCUCGUGAAGCACAAAAGGAUCCACACGGGGGAGAAACCCUACAAAUGCUCCCUGUGUGGGAAAAGCUUCACCACCAGUUCGGAUGUGGUGAAGCACGAACGGACCCACACGGGCGAGAAGCCGUACAAAUGCGGCACUUGUGGGAAAAGCUUCAGCCAGAGCGCGCACCUCAUGCAGCACCAGAGAAUCCACACGGGGGAGAAACCCUACUCCUGUCUGAUUUGCGGCAGGUGUUUCACCUGCAGCGCGCACUUAGUGGUCCACAAACGGACCCACAAAGACGGGGAGGUGUUAAAAGUAUAACCGUAGGUGUUGUCUCAUGCGGGUGGCUUGCAUUUACUAGCAGGCCCGCUCUGUGUGUGUGUGUGUGUGUGUGUGUGUGAGGGAGAGACAGACAGAGCCAAGAUGCUAUCCGGAGACAAAACUAAUCCCAAGUUUUGUCUGCUGCCACGAAGCCAGAUAUCUCUAAACCUAACUAGAAUCCAGAAUAGAGGACGAUAGGAAAAAAAUGAAUAGGAAAAAAAUGACCUUAGUAAUGGGUCUGUUUUUAUUAUGCAUGGAAAAAAAGAAAAAAAAUCAAGUUAGGAGAGAAGCCAUAAUUUUCCCCACUCCAAUCCAGACGGGGAUGCGGGGAGAAGGUCUGGAGCUUGCUCUGCAAAAUUGGCGGUAAACCUGAAAUGAAAUUAACUGGAUUACGUUCGCCAAACACACUAUAUUGUGAUUUUCAAUAUGAAUUGUGAUGUGUGGUUCCUUUGUAAUAAAUAGAUGGUUGGGGGUUGUGUGUUUUCUCUGGGCCUUUUUUUUUUGACACGGGCCUCAAUUUUGUGGCUGGGCCAAGUUGGAAACUCUGAAAUCGCAGAUUUUUUCACCCCCCUGACAUUCGAGUUAUCCUCAGCAGCUUCUGCAGGAGUGGUCAAAAAAGGCAAAAUGGCAGCCACAACCUCAUAGAAUACAAGCCCUGCCUCUUUUUUACAAAUACAGGUAGUCCUCGACUUACGACCACAAUUAAGCCCCAAGAUUCCUGUUGUUAAGUGAGACAUUUGUUAAGUUCGUUUAGUGGCCAUUCGAAGUUACAAUGGCACCGAAAAAAAGUGACCUUUGACCAUUUUUCACACUUAUGACCAUUAACGGCAUCCCCAUGGUCGUGUGAUUUACUCUUCUGACUAAGGCUUCUUGAGUCAGUAACAAUCACACGCCUAGUCCCUAAAGCCCUAUUUUUAUUUCAACGGCUGUGAAUUAUAUUCAUUCACAGCCCGUAAUGAGUCCCAAACAGUUUGUGAAUUGUUCCAAGAGACGUCUGCCACGGUCUUUUCGGGAAAAGGCUGAUAAGCACCCACCUUUAUCUCCCUUGAAAUGCUGCCAAUGACU